AUGGUCAAAAGUAAGUUGUUUUUUGGGUUUCUUUGGGAUUUUAGGCUUGUAAAAGUUAGAAUAAGAUGGAUAAGAUAGCGGAAGAGCUUGUCAGUUCGAUAAAUAUUGCUUCAUGGCCGCUAUAUGAGAUUAAGUUGGAUAAUUGCUAAAAUCUUAUGUGAAAGUUAAGUUUUUGUUUUGCUUUUUAUUAUUUUAGACAAAUUUUGACCAAUUGUUUAAUUUUUAGGUAUCAAAAGUAUGAAUAAUGUAAGUUUUUAUGUGUCCAUGAAUUUUCAGAUGAUUUAUUGGCAAUUAUACGUAACAUUUAUCUUUAUUAACAUCUGAACCGGAAUAGAUAAGGCAUUUCAUCUUUAUUAAACAUGUUUAUAUUGUUUAUUAGCGUCUCGUUCCAAGAACAUACUGCGUAUGUUAUUCAGUGAUCAAUGACUUGAUUAAUUUGUCAAAUCAAGGUCUCCGACCUGCUUUAAUUGUAAAAGUAAUUAUUGUUUAAAUUUUCUAUUUUCGCGCCAUUUCGAAUUUUUUUUAAGACAGUUAUGACGACUCGUCUAUAUUUGCUUGUUUUGCUAUGUUUUGGUACAUUGGUACAUGCGGAUGGUAAGUUAGAAUACGAAUUACGCUUACAAGACUAUUUACAAUGGUUUUCAAUGUUUGAGAGCUCAAUAACUUUUUUUAAAAUUGGAGAAAGAUAAGGCUAUAUGCCUCUUAAAGUUGUAUAGUUAUGGGUAAUAUGAGGAGAACGUAUGAUAGGUAACAUAAAAAGAAUGUAUGCUUUCAGAAUCCUUCACAACAUUAAAUUCGGCAAUUUCUGCUGAAAAAUCAGAAGAAUUAUUCAAAUAUUUGUCAGAUCCUCGACUGUCAAUAUACUCAAAAUUCAAAAACAUUGAAGAUCUUGGAGUAUUAGACGAAUUAUUUGAAUUUGUUUUGACUGAACAUUCGAAAAACCAUGAAAGUGUCACAAAAGAAGACAUCGCUCAGCUCAAAUCGGAUUCUCUUGAGGUAUGAAUGCUAUUUAUUUAUUAGUAGUAGGUCAUGAAGUAUCGUCAAUUCUACUUUUAAGCCCAAGACACUGUUUUAAUUAAUUACGUCAAGGAAUAUUAACCUAGACAUUAAAAAAUAGUAAAUUUAGGCUUAUUUGAAGCUGAAUUGCGACGUCUUUUAAGCAUUUUGUAAUUUUGAUGUUGAUUUAGGAAUGGGAGAUCUACUCAAACAGCAGUUUCCAAAAUGAAGAAGCCACAAACCAGUUCAAAGACUUUAUUCAGCCAAUUGUCGAAAGAUACCUUGACUUGGAUAUUGAAAUUCCAGAAGAAUCUUUGAAAAACGACUACGGACUUGUUGCCUACUUUAACAACAAACUUUUGGUCGAUUGUAAGUCUAUGUUAUACUUGCCAUGAUUGUGAACUCGUAUUUUACAAUUCUUUUUGUUAUAAACAGGUAUAGAGUAGUAAACGUUUGGGUAAAAGUUUAAUAAGAAGAAGAAUGGUGUUUUACGAUUUAAAAUUUUAGCACUAAAACUGCCGGAAGACCAAACGAAAGCAUUGAAUGAAGUUUUGAACGACAAAACCAGAAGCAAACCAAUUUUGGUCAAGGAAUUUGCCGAAACUUACUCAGAAAGCUGGCCGAAAGUUCUGGACCUCGUUGUUGAAAAAGUUGUUAAAGAGAAAAAAGUUGACAAAGCUUUUGGUAAAGUACUCAAAAAUGUAAGUUUAUCUUUUUUGAAGCUUGUUACCUUGUUGGAAGCUUGCUAGAAGCUUGUUGUGGUACUCAUCUUUUUAAAAAUUUGACUUUAGCUUUGGAAGAACGGCAAUGGAGACGGCAACUAUUACAGACUAUAUCCAGAAUUGGCUAAAAUUUCAAAAUUCAAUAAGGAAACAAGAGCUACGUUUGAUAGUUUACAUCCAGUUACUGCUCAACAUAUUAACGGUACGUUUAUAUACAGUUUUUUAGAUAUUAUAUUACAUCACGGCCAGUGCCGAGCGGGGACUUUUGGUCUGGGGGCGGGGGUCGAAACCUGUGCCGAUUUUUUGCGAAAUUUUUUUAAAAAAAUCCACAGGGGGGGGGGACCACGUUCAACUUUUUUCAAAAAUUUUUUUCUGUGGGGUUCCCUUCCUCCCCCCCCCUCCCAGCGCCCGGCCCUGAUAACGGCUAUGUUUAGGGUUGAUAAUUUUUGGUAUUUUCAGAAAUUUUGUCAUUGGCUACGGUAAUUAACAAUGAGAUUAAACUGGACGAAGAGAUCGCUAAUCCUCUUGUUAUUGGAGGCGUCGCCAGUACGUUUACUUCCUUUUGUUACCUAAAUUUAGAAGAAACCAUACAAUUUUGCAUUGUUGUGCUCUUUUAAGGGUACAAUAAGAGCUCUUGUAUUAAUCUUAUUUGUAAAGAUGUUAUGUAUAGAAAAUUUAUUGUAUACAUCUACAGUAUAUAUAUACAAUGAUAACAUACCAGCUAGAACAUAACUUUGACUUUCUUUAGAAGUAGUAAAAUUCGCGUUAAAAUCAGCAUUCGACAAGUUGAAAGAAGCCAAGAAGGAUACAAAAGGUCUGGUUACUGUAUUGAAAGAUGACAAGGUGACAUUGUUCCACAAGUUUUACAAUGUGAGUAAGGCGUUACCAGAAGAAAACGUGCUACAAAGUGGUACCAAAGAAUUGGAACAAAGCGGAUUGGACAAGAAAGUUAUGCGGUCUUUUGAAACUGUAAGUAAAAGUUUAUACGGUGAAACGUGUUAUCUAAAUAUUUUUAAAAACAGUAUGUUAAUGAUAACAUUUUUUAUAUAUUUAGGUAACACUUAAUUUUUGUUGUUGCUACAGUUUUAUAUAGUAACUUUUGUAGUCGUUAGUAUAUACAUUUUUAGCUAGUCAAGACAUACGUGUCGCAAAAUGGAAAAGCUACGUAUUUUAGUAACCGUGGACUUACUGAAGAAGGUAAUGCUGGUUUAUUGCUUCUUUUUAUUUUAUUUUUUAAGUGUUAUAUCUAUAUCACUAAUUCGUGGCUUUCAUCUAGCUUUUGUCAUACGUUUUUACUGUUAACCAUUCUAUAUUAUACUGUUUUAAUAUAAAGAACCUUGUUUACAUCAUAAUCUACAUUUUGUUAUUCAGACGCCAACCUAUUCCUGGUCGACGUUUUGAAUAAGAUGACAACAGCACAGCUCGAGCAGCUUAAGGGAUUGGUGCCAGGAGCGAAGAAAGGUCUUGAAGGUAUGUUUUUUGCUUAAUUUUGGUCGAUAAUCUGGUUUUAGAAUUUGUGGCAGAGUUGUGA